AUGUCGUCCACGACGCUCCCCGGCCACAAUGCCGCCCUAGCCUCGCUCAGGGCGCUGCCGGCAAAGCUGGUGCAGCCCCCCUACCGCUUCCUCGUCCUCGCAGGACUCGGCACCGCAUCGCUCCUCCUGGCACAGCGCCACACCCACUCCAUCUGGUCCAUCUUUGCCUCCAUACUCGGCCGCCUCAAUGACAAAUCAAGCAGCAACAUCAACGACAACGGCAACCGCAAAAACGACGCCACAGAUGCCACCUCGUCGUCUCCCCCCUCACAGCCCGCCCGCGACCCAGCGAGGCCCCAAAAGGGCAGGAUCGCAGACAAGUACUCGGUCAAGGAGGACGCUGACCCCGUAGCCAUCUUCUGGGACGUCGACAACUGCUCGCCGCCUACCGGCUCCUCGGGCAGGGCCGUCGCCCAGGCAAUCCGCUCCUCUAUGCAGAACCUCGAGCUCGGCCCCAUUGUCAGUUUCAAGGCCUACCUCGAGCUCUCCAGCGAAACCCUCGCGCCCAACGCGCAGCAGGUCCAGCUCCGCAGCGAGCUCCAGGGAAGCGGCGUCAGCCUCAUCGACACCCCAAAGAGCGGCCGCAAGGACGUGGCCGACAAGAUGAUGAUCACCGACCUCCUCGCCUUUGCCAUCGACCAGCCCGCACCCGCCACCAUUGUCCUCAUCUCGGGCGACCGCGACUUUGCCUACCCGCUCGGCCUCUUGCGCAACCGCGGCUAUGAAAUCGUCCUCAUCACGCCCCCCGUCGGCGCCGUCCCCAUCCUCGAGGCCUCGGCCAACGUCGUCCUCACCUGGCGCCAGGACGUGCUCGGCAUGGAACGAGCCUCCAAUGGGCGGCCCUACGCCUCGGCCAACGGGCCGGGCACCCCGAGCAAGUCGUCGCACGCGUAUCACACCAAGUCCACCUCGUACAACAACAGCGACAAUGCUGGUGCCGCCGUCUUCCUUGCCGCCGCCGCCGGCGGCGCUGCCUCGUCAUCUCCGCCCGGCAACUACGCCUCACUCUCCCAAGGACGACCCUCUAGCGCCCCGACCCGCUCGACCAGGCGUCCCUCGGUCCAGAGCACCGAAGUUUUCCAGCCCCUCAUUGGUCUGCUGGAACAGCUCAGGAAGGAGGGCAACUCGAAACCGCUCCGCGCCGUCGUCGCUGCCCGACUCAUCGCGACCGACCGCGGCAUCUUUGUCCGCGCCGGCGCGUCGCGCUGGGCCGAGUACGCCGCCGUCGCCGAGGCGGCCGGCAUCAUCAAGCUCGGAACCUCGGGUCCUCCCGGCACCGAGUGGGUGUCGCUCUCGGAUCAGGCGCCGCCCGCAUCGGUGCCUGCGCACAUGCGCACCCUCGAUGCCCACACCAACGCUUCCCAGUCCUCGCCCGUCCCCAACCGACUCAAGCCGCAGCCGAGCCUGCCGUCGAUGCAACCGAACGGCACUCCCGCCCCUGCUGGCGCUUCCCCGACCGCCCCCAUCGACAUCCGCGCCUUCUAUCCGCUGAUCGAGGUGUGCAAGGAGCAAAAGGCCCAGGGCCACCCGCGCGCCCUGUGCUCGUACGUCGGCACGCAGCUCAACAUCAUGGCCAAGCGCGGCAUCGUCGACGCCUACGCCAUGGCCGGGGUAUCGUCGUGGCGCGAGUAUAUCGCCGCCGCCGAGCGAGCCGGCGUGGCGCGCGUGGCCCCUUCGGGCACCGAGGGCGUCUACGUAGUCGAGCUGCACCCCAAGUACCUCUACUCGCAGACCAACCAGGUCACGCCCAGCGUCAACCGCAUGGUCGACACGGCCACGACGCCGACGCCCAGCUUUGAAAAGAAGACGCCCAGCAAAAAGGCCGCCCAGCUGAUCAACAGCUUCAACUUUGCGGCCAAAUCUUCGCCCGCGGCCAAGGACGUGCAGCCUUCGGGCACCACGCUCUUCAACGGCCACACGAUCGCCGCCCGCUUCGCCGGCCUGGCGCAGGUGCUCCUCGAGCAGAUGAGCGAAGGGCGCAACUACUCGACCGACUACUUCCUGCACUCGGUCCUCGGCUCGACGCGCGCUGUGAAUGGCAUCAGGCUCAAGGAGGCCGGCGAGUUCCAGGCCUACCUUGCCGACGCCGCAUCAGAUGCCAUUGUCAUGCUCGAACCGGGCUUCAAACCUACAGUCAAGCACGUGCGCCUACACCCGCGACUCGCUGCUCCGGGUCCUGCGAUGAUGGCCUCGGCCAGCUCGGCCGAUCACCUUGCCAAUGGCGGUGACAGCAGCAGCAGCGGCAUGCGGCGCGAGCCCUCGGCCAACGGCAAGGCUGUCAGGGACCCGGAGACGGCCGAGAAGCAAAAGAAGGCGCAGGACACGCUCGAGCAGCUCUCUGCGGAGCAAAAAAGAGCGGCCGAGUCGGUGCGCACCUCGUCGGGGCCGGUGCCGGCCAACGAGCGGCUGCGCUUCCAGAUCCUCGUCGAUGUGCUGGGCGAGCUGCGCAGCAACGAGGGGCUCAACAAGGUGCCCAAGGCGCGCGCCUCGUCCGAGGUCGUCAAGCGCAACCCGGGCCCCGGCGGGAUGGGCGUCUUCUAUCAGGCGCUCGGCUCGACGGGAUUCACCGACUAUGUCGACCAGGCCAGGAGGGCCGGAUUCGUCGUCAUCGUGGCCGGAAGUGAGGGCGACGAGAGGCAGAUUGACAUGCACGGAGACUGGCAGAGGGACGGAGACUACUGCAUCCGCCUGGCCUCGAGCUGA